AUGUUCCUUCCUCGACAUUGGCUAGGGGUUUUUCUGGGUAGUUCUAGCAACGAGGACCAGGUUCUCGCUCCUGAUUCGGGUUUCAUGGCUGACAACGUAACUCCUGCUCCUGCACCGCCUCCGGCCGCCGCUUUCUUCUGCACCGACAUUCCGUCGUGGAUUGCGUCAAGCAAGGAGGGGAAAAAAGAGAAGAAAGAAGAAAAAUGGAAGAAGGAUAAAGGAGGGGUGACGACUACCCCUCGAGCUGUUUUUCCCAGACUUAUGGUGCUAUCUGGAGAUGCCGUAGUCUUGCAAGGUCAGCCCACAAACGGUCCUCCACCAGAGACUACCGUCUAUCUCAGUAAUGUGGUUGCUCCGCGACUAGGCAAACGUCCAACGGAAACGACUGCGGCAACUGUUGAUGAGCCGUUUGCGUGGGAUUCGCGCGAAUUCCUCCGAAAGAAAAUCGUUGGACAAAUGGUCACGUUUGUGAAGGAGUUUACUGCUGCGUCCGGCGGACGUGAUCAGUGGCAAGGAUUUUUAUCUGGGAGAGAAGCAAAUCCUGACAAUGCCGAGAAUGUUACUGAAACUGGAGUGGCAGAGGGUUGGCUAGAGGUCAGACCAGGAAAAAUAGCGGAUGAAUACGUCACGAAGCUGCUAGAGCUACAAGAUCAAGCUAAAGCUGCUGGAAAGGGUAAAUGGGGUAGUUCGAGCGACGCCAUUCGAGAAGUGAAAUGGGUCAUCGAGAACCCCAGGCAGUUGGUCCGAGAUGGGUCAACCUUGAGGGUAAUGCUUCUACCCAGCUUCGAAUACAUAACCCUACAAUUGUCGGGCGUUCGCGCUCCAGCAACGCGUGCGGGAACUGAUGGUAAAGCAGAACAGUUUGCCGAGGAAGCUAAAUAUUUCGUCGAGCAAAGGGCUUUUUGCAGCAGGACGUCAAGGUUGUUCUCGAGUCAACGUCAAAUCAAAAUCUUGUCGGCUCAGUUCUUCAUCCAAAAGGCAACAUAG